AUGUCUGCUUUGGAACAGACCAGACCAGACCAGACCAGACCAAACCACCAUGGCAGAAUCAUGUCAUCACUGAUCCUACUGGUCGUCCUCACCAUCAAAGGUAAACUAUCAUGUUUAACACCUUUAACAUCCCCCACCCCUUCCUAUUGUUCACUUGAAUGAAUCCACUUUUCAUGUAUUUAAAUUGUGUCUAUUAUCAUUCAUUCCCUCCCAGGUGUACUGGGCCAGAGGAUCAUCGGGGGUCAGGAGGUGAAAUCCUACUUUAUAAAGUACCAAGCCUCCAUCCAGUAUAACAACUUCCACUACUGUGGAGGCACCCUCAUACACCCUCAGUGGGUGGUGUCUGCUGCCCACUGCUGGAAACCGUGAGUAGUGCAACUUAAAAUGAAUCUUGUAAAGGUCGCGUCCCCUUGCUCAGACGUUGCAUGCAUCAACCAAUGGUGGCGUGCUACGUCAUCGACAGAUUACUAUAUCAUAUGAUGUGGUUAGCAGAUACUUAAAAUACCUAUCCAGGCAUUGUAAGAUGUGGCAUGCGUCAGCCACAACUGGGCAGAGGAACGCACAGCCACUGUGUAUGGGGUGCCGAGAGUCUAGCUAAUCUCGACCACCAGCUGGCUCUCUCUCCGAACCUAUUCGGUCUGGCAAUUGAAGCUACGUCUUGUACUACAUCGGGGGUCUUCAAUUCCGGUCCUGGAGGGCCGAAACACCUCUGUUUUUCGUCCUCUCCUUCUAAUCAGGGGCUAAUUCAGACCUGGGACACCAGGUGAGUGCAAUUAACUACCAGGUAGAAAUAAAAAACAGAAGUGUUUCGGCCCUCCAGGACCGGAAUUGAAGAACCCUGUACUACAUGAUAGGUUAUGAUACCAUCAUAGGAUAGAGUUAGGCAUUUAUAAUGGUACUGGUACUCCCUGUAUGCAACUUAAUUAUUGUGUAUUUUAUUCGUCUUGUAAGUAGUCCUGUUAUUAUUUUUUUAUUAUUUAUUAUUUUUAAUUCUGCAUCGUUUUAACUCAGAAUUUCAAGACACCUGUUAUAUUCGGCACAUGUAACAAAUUCAAUUUGAUAUAAAUUUUUUUUGUCAUUUAGAAGAAGCUCUUUGCGACUUACAGGAGCAAUUAGGGUUCAGUGCCUUGCUCAAUGACACAUCGGCUGAUUUUUCACUUAGUCGCCUCCGGGAUUCAAACCAGAGACCUUUCGGUUAAUAAAAAAGAAAUCAGUAAAUAUGAAGCAUGCAGUUACUAAUAAUAUCAAUAAUAUCGGUUACCCCAAUAAGGGUGUUUUGUACAUAAAUAUCGAGCGUCAAAUUUUGAUAUCUGAGUUUAGAUAUUGAAUAUAAAAUCACUGUAGCAAGUUUGCAACAUUAGUACUAUUUACAUAGACGACUGGUAAUUGUGUUAAGGGACAGAUCAGUUGCGCUGGGGGAUCUCGAACGUCAAACACAAUCAGGCUCUCCCGACUCACGGCUCCAUUCUUGCGCAGGUUGUUCUUCUUGGAGGGCGUCAAGCUCUAGUCAUCGCUCAUGUAGGGAGGCGAGGGAGGGGCUGGUUAGUCGACGUCGGGGUAGGCGGAGGGCGGGGACAUGGGGAGUGGAGGGUGUCCGCGGAGGGCCCUGCCUCUGUCCGAGUGUUCAGGCGCUAGCGGCUCCUCGCCCUCUGCUGCUCACCUAGACGCUUCUUUAAAACCUCUUAAGGAUCGGACCCUUUUUUUUUUUCAAUUUUCGCCUAAAAUGACAUACCCAAAUCUAAUUGCCUGUAGUUCAGGACCUGAAGCAAGGAUAUGCAUUUUCUUGAUACCAUUUGAAAGGAAACACUUUGAAGUUUGUGGAAAUGUGAAAUUAAUGUAGGAGAAUAUAAUACAUUAGAUCUGGUAAAAUAUAGUACGAACAAAAAACCAUGCGUUUUUUUACAAUUAUUUUUUAUCAUCUUUGAAAUGCAAGAGAAAGGCCACAAUAUAUAUAGGGAUGUAGCUCAGUUGAUAGAGCAUGGCGUUUGCAACGCCAGGGUUGUGGGUUCGAUUCCCACAGGGGGUAUGAAAAAUAAAAAAAAUAAUGUAUGCACUAACUGUAAGUAGCUCUGAAUAAGAGCGUCUGCUAAAUGAAAAAAAAUAAAAAAAUAAAAUAAAAUAAAAUAAAAAUAUAUAUAUAUAUAUAAUAUUGAAGUUUAAGCGCAAUUUAGAUGUUGGCCACUAGAUGGCAGCAGUGUGUGUGCAAAGUUUCAGAUUGAUCCAGUGACGCAUUGCAUCACUGGACUAUUUUGUAUCAAGUCUGCCAAAAUGUGCCGAAUUGGUCAGUUGGUACAUUUUCAAGUACAUAACUAUAGAGAACAUGCAAAAAUGAUAUGGUAAUACAAAAUGUAAGUUUACACACUCCCAGGAAUGUCAUACAUGAUGGAUCAUUAGCUUAUACACUAACUUUCACACAUCUAGAUGGCCGGGCGGGGUGGGUGUGGAGCCAGAGACAGCAGGGGUUCAAACUGUAGAACCCAGUUCCUACAUUUGAAUAUAAAAAUUGAUUUUAUCAAACAAAACUAUGCUACAUUUUAUCUCUGGGACCCUUAGGAUGACAAAUCAGAGCAAGAUUAUUGAAUGUAAGUACAUUAUUUACCUUCAGAGUUGAAUGUAUCAAAGCAGUGAUACAUUUUUUGUUGUUGUGCACUCUCCUCAAACAAUAGCAUGGUAUUUUUUCACUGUAAUAGCUACUGUAAAUUGGACAGUGCAGUUAGAUUAACAAGAAUUUAAGCUUUCUGCCCAUAUAAGACAUGUCUAUGUCCUGGAAAGUUUGCUGUUACUUACAACAGUCAUGCUAAUCACAUUAGCGCACGUUAGCUCAACCGUCCCGUAUACGGGACACCGAUCCCGUAGAGGUUAACAUGGCUUCACGCAUAAAUUACAUUCUUCAAUAAUCAAUAGGUAUACUAUUUAUUGAAAUAACCAUUAAACAGCAGGACAUCUUACAGAUUGUGUCUUUAGAAUGAAGUGGAAUGAUUCAUGCUAGUUAUCAUUUAAGUUCCAAGAUACCGGGUUGCCAGAUCAGAGUGCUAACCUGCUCUCCUCCAUCUCUCUACAGGGCCAACCUGCUCAAAGUGGUUCUGGGUGAGCACAGUUUCUCCAGUCUGGAGGGCUUUGAGCAGGAGUUCAAUGUUUCCAAGGUGCUGGUCUACUACAUGUACAAUUACAUGACCUUUGACAACGACAUCAUGCUGCUCAAAGUAAGGGAUACGAUGGUUUUCAUUUGAUGCAUUUAUCCCUAUCUUGCCGAACUACUGACAGUAAGGUUAGGGUUAAAGGGCAUAUGAUAUAUUGUAUUACCGCAGAUGCCAUAAAGGUCCAUAGUGGUGUGCUUAAUUUUAUCUCACUCUAUGGCUUUACCUCUCUCCCUCUCUCCCCAUCCCCUCCAUCCCUCUAUCAUCAGCUGGAGAGGCCGGCCAUCCUCAACGCCAACGUCCAGCCCGCCGUCCUGCCCAGAGUGGACACGUCCCCGUUGCAGCAGGGAACGGCCUGUACGGUGAGCGGCUGGGGGGUCACCAACAUCUUCAGCUACUACCUGUCCCCCGUGCUCCGAGCCGUGGACGUCAACGUCAUCACCAACUGCCAGUAUUACUACUACUUCAGGAUCACUGACAACAUGCUCUGUGCUGGCUAUAGCUUUGGAGGGAAGGACUCCUGUCAGGUGAGAGAGAAGAAGAGAUCUGUACAGGCUCUAUUUCAGUGUCCAUAGUCCACAACUAGCACACUACUUAGAAUGAAGGAAGGUAUUGGGCAUGCAUUCUAGGUAGAAAGCUAGUAUGGACAUUGGAAUGUAGCCUGUGUCAGACUGUCAGACUGUCAGUCUUGUGAUGUAUGCUAUGAGUAUGUCAUGUACUGUAUAUCUACAGUUGAAGUCGGAAGUUUACAUACACUUAGGUUGGAGUCAUUAAAACAUGUUUUUCAACCACUGCAUACAUUUCUUGUUAACAAACUAUAGUUUUGGCAAGUCGGUUAGGACAUCUACUUUGUGCAUGACACAAGUAAUUUUUCCAACAAUUGUUUACAGACAGAUUAUUUCGCUUAUAAUUCACUGUAUCACAAUUCCAGUAGGUCAGAAGUUUACAUACACUAAGUUGACUGUGCCUUUAAACAGCUUGGAAAAUUCCAGAAAAUGAUGUCAUGGCUUUAGAAGCUUCUGAUAGGCUAAUUUACAUAAUUUGAGUCAAUUGGAGGUGUACCUGUGGAUGUAUUUCAAGGCCUACCUUCAAACUCAGUGCCUCUUUGCUUGACAUUAUGGGAAAAUCAAAAGAAAUCAGCCAAGACCUCAGGAAAAAGAAUUGUAGACCUCCACAAGUCUGGUUCAUCUUUGGGAGCAAUUUCCAAACGCCUGAAGGUACCACGUUCAUCUGUACAAACAAUGGUACGCAAGUAUAAACACCAUAGGACCACGCAGCCGUCAUACCGCUCAGGAAGGAGAUGCGUUCUGUCUCCUAGAGAUGAACGUACUUUGGUGCGAAAAGUGCAAAUCAAUCCCAGAACAACAGCAAAGGACCUUGUGAAGAUGCUGGAGGAAACAGGUACAAAAGUAUCUAUAUCCACAGUAAAACAAGUCCUAUAUUGACAUAACCUGAAAGGCCGCUCAGCAAGGAAGAAGCCACUGCUCCAAAACCGCCAUAAAAAAGCCAGACUACGGUUUGCAACUGCACAUGGGGACAAAGAUCAUACUUUUUUGAGAAAUGUCCUCUGGUCUGAUGAAACAAAAAUAGAACUGUUUGGCCAUAAUGACCAUCGUUAUGUUUGGAGGAAAAAGGGGGUUGCUUGCAAGCCGAAGAACACCAUCCCAACCGUGAAGCACGGGGGUGACAGCAUCAUGCUGUGGGGGUGCUUUGCUGCAUCAGGGACUGGUGCACUUCACAAAAUAGAUGGCAUCAUGAGGAAGGAAAAUUAUGUGGAUAUAUUAAAGCAACAUCUCAAGACAUCAGUCAGAAAGUUAAAGCUUGGUCGCAAAUGGGUCUUCCAAAUUGACAAUGACCCCAAGCAUACUUCCAAAGUUGUGGCAAAAUGGCUUAAGGACAACAAAGUCAAGGUAUUGGAGUAGCCAUCACAAAGCCCUGACCUCACUCCUAUAGAAAAUGUGUGGGCAGAACUGAAAAAGCGUGUGCUAGCAAGGAGGCCUACAAACCUGACUCAGUUACACCAGCUCUGUCAGGAGGAAUGGGCCAAAAUUCACCCAACUUAUUGUGGGAAGCUUGUGGAAGGCUACCCGAAACGUUUGACCCAAGUUAAACAAUUUAAAGGCAAUGCUACCAAAUACUAAUUGAGUGUAUGUAAACUUCUGACCCACUUGGAAUGUGAUGAAAGAAAUAAAAGCUGAAAUAAACCAUUCUCUCUACUAUUAUUCUGACAUUUCACAUUCUUAAAAUAAAGUGAUGAUCCUAACUGACCUAAGACAGGGAAUUCUUACUAGGAUUAAAUGUCAGGAAUUGUGAAAAACUGAGUUUAAAUGUAUUUGGCUAAGGUGUAUGUAAACUUCCAACUUCAACUGUAGGUAUGCCAAGCAAAUUUCGCUGUGGGAUAUUAAAAUAUUCUAUUUACUUUUAUUCUAUCAGGGUGACUCGGGCGGCCCACUCAUCUGUAACGGGCACUUUGAGGGCAUUGUUUCCUGGGGCAUCAGCUGUGCCAACCCCAACUUCCCUGGCGUCUACACCAAGAUCAGGAUGUACCUCAGCUGGAUCAACUGGAUCAUCCAGAACGACAGCUAG